AGCCGGGGCUGGGAGGGUGCUGAGGAGCCCCGGUGCUCGGUCAGAGCAGCGCUCCCGAAGCGCCGCUUACCUGGCAGAGCCGGCUGCGGACAUUGCUCGCUGUCCCCGCCCAGCCCGCUCCUUCCGAGCCGGCCUGUGGCCGUGCGGCUCUGCAGGGAGAGCCAUGGACCCUCCGAGGCCGUGAGCAGGGACGGGAUCGCAGGGAGACGCGUCGCUCCCUCUCACAUCGGCGCACUCGGAAUCUUCAUCCCUCUUCGUUGCGGUGGUGGACUCCUGCUGCAUCAGUUGGUGCCGGCUCAGUGUAGCGAUUUAAUGGCUUAGGAAGAAAGUUAAAAGAGGAGAGUUUUCUUUUUUGUACUUCCUUGCUGCUCCGUGUGUAGCGAUCCCUUCCCACUCUGCAGCUGGGAAACUGGCCUGACUUCAGAUCUGCCUUCUGCAUGGGUGAGGGAUGGACCACGGAUCCUGCCACUCACCGAAAGACACUGUGCUCAGAGGAGCUCCUUUGAAAGCUACUCUGCUUGCUGUUGGAAGAUGGGAGAGAUAGAAGGAACAUACAGAGUUUUGCAGACACCAGGCUCUCGUUUGGGUGCCCAGAAGACCUCAGGAGUGAGUACCUUGGAGCCAGGACAGAACCUCUUGACUGCCAUGGCAUCAUCGCCUGCCAAAGCGCAGGAGCGUGACCUCCCCAUCAAAAUAAAGAUGUUGGACAACACAGUGGAAGUACUUGAAGUUGAGUCAAAAUGUUACGGCCAGACGUUAUUGACAGAGGUUUACAAGCAUCUGAAUUUGAUUGAAUCAGACUACUUUGGAAUUGAGUUCCAGAAUAUCCAGUCAUAUUGGAUUUGGCUGGAACCUAUGAAACCUGUUAUUAAACAAGUACGGAGACCAAAGACUACAAUGCUUCGUCUGGCUGUAAAGUUUUUCCCUCCAGACCCAGGUCAGCUGCAAGAGGAAUAUACCAGGUACCUGUUUGCAUUGCAAAUCAAGAGGGACCUGGCAGAGGAGAGACUGACCUGCAGUGACAACACAGCUGCUCUGCUGGUCUCCCACCUCCUGCAGUCUGAAAUAGGAGAUUUUGAUGAAUCAGAAGAUCGAGAACACCUUAAAACAAACCAAUAUUUGCCAAACCAGGAAAAACUUGAAGGAAAGAUCCUGGAGUUCCACAGGAAGCAUGUGGGUCAAACUCCUGCUGAAUCUGACUUUCAAGUGCUUGAAAUUGCCCGGAAACUGGAGAUGUAUGGCAUCAGAUUCCACCUUGCCUCAGACCGUGAGGGCACCAAAAUCAAUCUGGCAGUUUCACACAUGGGUGUGCUGGUGUUCCAGGGUAACACGAAAAUCAAUACCUUCAACUGGUCCAAGGUCCGUAAACUGAGCUUCAAGAGGAAAAGAUUCCUUAUUAAGCUUCACCCAGAGGGCCCAUAUCAAGAUACAUUGGAGUUUCUUUUGGGAAGUAGGGAUGAAUGUAAAAACUUCUGGAAAAUCUGUGUUGAGUAUCACACAUUCUUUAGGCUCUUUGACCAGCCAAAGCCAAAAGCUAAAGCAGUGUUCUUCACCAGAGGGUCAUCAUUCAGAUACAGUGGACGAACACAGAAGCAGCUAGUGGAUUAUAUUAAGGACAGUGGGAUGAAGAGAACCCCAUAUGAAAGGAGGCACAGCAAGGUCAGAGCAUCCACUCGCACCUCCAACACAGACGUGCCAAAGCAGAGUGUCCCAUUCACUGAGGGCUUGAGAACUCCAGGGUCUCCUGCCUCAACAGCUGCCCCCUUCCACUCGGGUCACUCCUUGGCCAGUCCUACUUCUAUCCUGCCCAUGUUUGCUGAACCCAGCCCUUUCUCCUUGGAGCCCCGAGCAUCCUACACCAGGAAUCCAGACAAAGCCACUGCAGCACCAGUGGAAGAAGCGGGGAGGAAGCUGAUGCAGCAGCCUGGAUCUCCCGUGCUCCAAGGCCUCCCUGUGGACCAUUCCCAGCUCUCCUCCUUUGUGCUGAAGAGUCCCCUAGGCUUGACCCCAGCCUUUCAGGUGAACUUGAAUGCAGUCACUCAGGGCUCAUCCCCUCUGCUGAGCCCUGUCCUCAGCGAUGCUGGUGGGGCCAGGAUAGACGAGGAUGAUGAAACAAAAAGGAAGCGCUGCCCCACCGACAAGGCGUACUUCAUAGCAAAGGAGAUCCUUGCCACAGAGCGCACCUAUCUGAAGGACCUGGAGGUUAUUACUGUGUGGUUCCGCAGUGCUGUGAUCAAGGAGAAUGCCAUGCCAGAGGGCCUGAUGACACUGCUCUUCUCCAACAUUGACCCCAUCUAUGAGUUCCACAGGGGCUUUCUGAAGGAGAUUGAACAGAGGCUCUCACUCUGGGAGGGCAGAAGCAAUGCUCAUGUGAAGGGAGAUUACCAGCGCAUUGGAGAUGUCAUGCUCAGGAACAUGCGCUCGCUGAAGGAGUUCACCAGUUACCUGCAGAAGCACGACGAGGUCCUGACGGAACUGGAGAAAGCGACCAAACGCCUCAAGAAGCUGGAGAUGGUUUAUAAGGAGUUUGAGCUGCAGAAGGUUUGCUACCUGCCCCUCAACACCUUCCUGCUCAAACCCAUCCAGAGACUGAUGCACUACAAGCUGAUCCUGGGGAGGCUGUGCAAGCACUACACAGCAGAGCACCGGGACUUCGCCGACUGCCGCAAUGCACUGAAGGAAAUCACAGAAAUGACCUCACAGCUGCAGCACAGCCUGAUCCGCCUGGAAAACUUCCAGAAGCUGACAGAGCUACAGCAUGACCUGAUUGGGAUAGACAAUCUCACAGCACCUGGCAGGGAGUUUAUCCGGGAAGGUUGCUUGUACAAGCUCACUAAGAAGGGCUUACAGCAGAGGAUGUUCUUUCUGUUUUCAGAUAUGUUACUGUACACAAGCAAAGGGGUCACAGGGACAAAUCAGUUCAAAAUCCAUGGACAUCUCUCUCUGCAUGGCAUGUUGGUGGAGGAGAGUGAGAAUGAAUGGUCAGUCCCACACUGCUUCACAAUCUAUUCUGCACAGAAAACCAUAGUGGUGGCAGCCAGCACCCGCCUGGAGAUGGGCAAGUGGAUGGAAGAUCUGAAUGUGGCAAUUGAAAUGGCCAAGAAAUCGACCGAGAAAUCCGAGAUGCUUCUGGAAAACUCGGUGUGCAACCGCUCCAACAGAUCCUCUGAUGAGGUCUCUGUAGAACAGGAGUCCGAAGAUGACAUUCACUCCUCUCGUAGCUCCCUGGACAGGCAGAGCCACCACCGUGCCAACACCACCAUGCACGUGUGCUGGUACCGCAACACCAGCGUCUCCAUGGCCGACCACAGUGUGGCUGUUGAGAACCAGCUCUCUGGGUAUUUGCUGAGGAAGUUCAAGAACAGCAAUGGCUGGCAGAAACUGUGGGUUGUCUUCACCAACUUCUGCUUGUUCUUCUACAAGACACACCAGGAUGAUUAUCCCCUGGCCAGCCUCCCCCUGCUUGGCUACACAGUCAGCUGCCCUGUGGAGGCAGAUGGCAUUCAGAAGGAUUAUGUCUUCAAGCUGCAGUUCAAGUCCCACGUGUAUUUCUUCAGGGCUGAGAGCAAAUACACCUUUGAGAGGUGGAUGGAGGUGAUCAAAAGAGCCACCAGUUCUCCAGCCAGGUCGAGCCUGCUGUUUCCCAAGGAGAAGGACACUCACACAGACUGAUGGGGGCAGAGCUGGAUCUCUGCUGGCAACACCACCAAAAGAAGCAGGUGGGAACAGGAGUCUCUGGAGUUGACAAAGCAAAGACCCAGGAGGCUCAUUCCCCCCAGCAUGGAGAGUGGGAGUGAGGAGGCUGCAGACAGAGUUCACAUCCAUUCCCAAUGGUGUGAAAAGGAUCAAGUCUGUCCCAGCUGAACCUACUUAGAACCCAAAAGCAGCAGUGCUCCAGUGCACACACAUCGUGGAAGGGUUCCAUUGGACCUGUACAGUGACACCUUUACCUGCCCUGAAGGCAGGUACCACCUUUUUACAUUUUGACUGGAUGAUCACACAUGGGAGAAAAGCAGCAGCUUCCAGGGGUGUAGCUGGCUGGCAGCAGUGGGUGCCAGGGCUCCCAGACACCCCCUGUGCCAGGUGCUCCGUGGGGCUGGCAGCACAACCCGUCCUGCUGCUGUGAGCAUCAGCCUGCUGGCACAGCUGCCUCACACAAACAGGAACACGAGAUGUGUUGGAUUGUUCUGAACAGACACUGCAGCUCUCCCAGAACAGCUCUGCUCCUCAGGAGCUGCCAAGGCAGCAGUUUUCCAGGGAAGCAGGAAGACUGAGUCUCUGCUGAGCUGCCAAGGUGUUGGUGUAUUGUGGAUCGGUGCAGGGGGGUGCAUGGUUUGUCCUCUGAACUCAAUCACUAUUCUCAUAUCACUGCUCCAGUUCCUUUAUCCUGUAGUAGGAGUUAAGUAAGGCAUGGGAUGGCAAACACUCUCCACUCUGGUGUGGGUGAUGUUUUCAAGGCAUUUAAGCACUGUAGGAGAAGAAGCCUCUGAAAGUCACUGCUGCUUGUGCUUUUGUCAUGCAAAGACUUCUGAAAAUCCCUAAUCUUCUAUUUCAGUUCAGGGUGGGAUCCAUCUUCUGUUUCUCAUGAAGGUGUAAAAGUCACUGGAUUCCAGAUGGAGAAUUAGUGUCUGUGGACUCUAUUAAAUUUCUGUAUUAAAGCUGAAAUGUUUGCAGCUUGUUCUCUUUUGUAAAGCUGUCACCUUUGGGUGCCUCCACAGAAGGACUGAAAUGCUAAGUGCCACAAGAUGCUGUUGGACGUGGCUUUGAUGGGCUGUGAGGACUCUGAUUUGUGUUAGAAAAGUGUUUGUGUACUAACAGAAAGAACAAUGCAGUGAAGCAGUGAAAGCAAAAGGAAAGUGUUGCAUGCUGUGAGGAUGGGGGAAUGUGGAGAUCCCAUGGGACAAUGGGAAGGACAGAGGCCAGCAGGAGUGUUCAGUUAUGGUCUCAAGCAUAUGAGGGAUGAGGACUGAAGGGAGGGGGAAUCCAGAGGGGUUUUCUUGCUUGGCAUUUGCAUCCUAGAGGAGUGACUGCAGAUCCAGCCUUUGUCACCAUUGUCCCAUCUAAGUUAAAUGUACUUAAUUUAUUAGUGUCUUCAUUUAUUAUUUUUUUAAUUACCUGUUGUAGGUGUAUCCAUGUGGAUUGAUUAGACAUGUUAUACUGUGGCUGAAUAUGACUGUUCAAAGUAAAUAGCAUCUUGGUAUAAAACUC